AUGAGCUUCUACAACAACUACUAUGGUGGCCUGAGCUAUGGCUAUGGUGGCCUGGGAUGUGGCUAUGGAUGUGGCUAUGGAGGAUAUGGAUACGCCUCUUACCGUCCAUGCUGCUAUGGAGGAUACUGGUCUUCUGGCUUCUUCUGA